GAUGUUUGAUGCUCAGCCCAGCACCUUGCCCGGGCUACGCUCUCCCAGCUUGGCGGCCGUGCGCGUUGGCGUCAGUUCCGGCGCCGUGCGGCCGGACUCGGGGAGGGACGCGGAAGCGCGGUGCUCCGGGGGCGGAGGAGUCUCCAUGGGUUUGAGGCGGCGGCGGCCGAGCCACGGCCUGUCCCGGGGAGUCGGGACGCUCGGCGGAUAGGUUCCCUCUUUCACUAGGUUGGUCGGCCGGCCGGCGGGCGAUGGAGAGCGGGGUGAGCGCGGGCGGCCAGGCCCCGGGCCUGGGGCUCCACCGCUUCCCGAACGGCUGCACCCCCCUCAGCCACCAGGUCGCCGGACACAAGUACGGGAAAUCGGAGCUGGGUAUGUUACAACAUCCAGAUGGCACAGUAUUAAAACAGUUGCAACCACCUCCUCGUGGACCCAGAGAGAUGAAUUUCUACAACAUGGUAUUUGGUUCUUCGUGUCAUGAUCAGGUAUUCUUAGAACUACGUAAAUUCCUGCCGAAGUUCCUAGGCACCUGGGCACCAACAACUGCACCUAAUGAGUUAUAUCUUAAACUGGAAGAUGUGACACGCAGUUUCAGCAAACCAUGCAUCAUGGAUGUUAAAAUUGGGAAAAAGAGUUAUGACCCCGAUGCUUCAGCUGAGAAAAUACAACAACAGAUCAGCAAAUAUCCACUGAUGGAAGAAAUUGGCUUCUUGGUACUUGGCAUGAGGGUCUACCAGUUUUCAUCUGAUAGCUAUGUGGCAUAUGAUCAGCGCUAUGGAAGAGGCUUAACGAAGGAAACUUUGAAAGAUGGCCUGUCUAAAUUCUUCCACAAUGGAAGCUAUUUGAGGAAGGAUGCUGUAGCUUCAAGUAUUCAAGAGAUUGAAAAAAUACUGCAGUGGUUUGAGAGGCAAAGUAAGCUCUGUUUCUAUGCAAGCUCCUUACUGUUUGUUUAUGAAGGAUCAUCUGAGCUGACAGCAACAGGUGACAGUCAUAUGCCCUACAAACCAGCAGCACCAAAGGGUAUAAAGCGGACUGGAGAAUUGAUGGAAUACAACAACAACAUUCACGUGAUGGGCUCUACUGAGAAUGGAAUGGUGGAAACCUCGGUUGGUCAAAGCCUCUCCAAUAUGUAUGCACUUCACAGGAAGGGCUGCUUCAGGGCACAUCAAAGUGUGGUCCCACUACAGCUGAAGAACACAGAACAAGACCAUGGCAUAUGCAAAUGCUUAACUCUCAUUUCACCUGGUCAGCCAAAUGGCAAUGAAAUAAAACAAUUGGAGAAAGAUUUCAUUCAUACAUCUAGCAUGCUUCCAGAGCCUCCAGAGGUUGCUGUAAGAAUGAUAGACUUUGCACAUGUGUUUCCUAGCAACACAAAAGAUGAGGAGUAUAUAUAUGGGCUGAAACACUUAAUCAGUGUAUUACAAAAUAUGCUGGAUGAUUAAUUUUUUUAAUUUUUGGUGGGUGAAUUGUAGGCAAGGAAAUAAAUGCGGGGGAAUUAUAUUGAUUUCUGCACAAGUUCUGAUCCAUCAUUUUUUGUUUAUAAUGUGAUUCCAGGUGUACUGUAUGCCCUUUUCACUGUACAGUACUUCUUGUGAUUGAUUUGAUGUUUAUAAUAGCUCAGGAAAAUUUACCAACUCAUCAUUGACAGCCGCUGAAACAGGUCCAAAAGCCUGCAGAGGGCAGCUCAAGCCUAGUAACUACUGACAAGGAAAUUUAUGAGUUCCCGCUGUUUGUAACAAACCCACAGACUUCAGUGAUGGUAAUUGGUUUUUCAGAUACAUAACCAACUGCCUGCCAAUCCUAGGCAUGGAAUUUGUGCCUAUGGGAUAAUUCUAUCUUCAGUGAAGACCAGGUUAGUCAGACUUACGAUUGUUUUGGGGAUGUUGCUGCCACUUUUCUGGAGAUGUGUAUUUUACUAGCCUUUUUUUACAGUUGAAUUCUUGCAAUUCGUAUAAAAUGUUUAAUAGAAAAUGUCAAUUGUCUCUGAUGCGUUCAGCUGAAAUCCAUGGAGUGUUGCAAUGGCUUGUUAAUUUAUGAAUGUAAUGAAAGCUAAUGCAAAAUAUCACCAGUGAGUCACCUGGUUACCCAUUGGCAAAGAUUUUCUGCUGUCUGGAGCAACACAUGCAUGUUAAGCAGAUUUAAGCUGCUUUCCUUUUUUUUAAGUCUGUUGGUGGUCCAGAAGCUAAGAUGAGGGAGGAGAAGACAGAAUACUUUGUGGUGCAGGCCAUCCACCUGCAGGCCUUCUGUUGAAGUUCAACUUGUAACUUUUAAAAAAAAUACUCCACCAAAAUUUUAAUCACUCGUAGUCCCAAUGCUUACUUCCCUUCGGAAUGAGCAUGCUUUGACUUGUUCAUGACCCCUUUGCUAUGUGCUAGAAGUGCUAUAUCCAAUGAAUUACUUCCAAAGUUAUCUUUUGAACACUCGGUUUACUGAGUUAUUGAUUGUGUUUCCUCUCGUUAGCCUCUGGGCUAAGGUGUGUUGGGAUUUACCUUUUAUAAAACUGGCACUUUGGCAAUUGUUGUUGUGUUAGGCUAACCAUGUGUCUAAGAACUUUCAUAACAUGAACACUAACUUAGGGGAUCAAUAACUAAUAGUCUCUUUGACUUGUCUGUAAGUGAACAAGCAACUGCACUUGCACAAAAUAUUUAUGUACCCAUGACUGACUUGUGACUCCAAUCAGAUGGCCCUCAUCCUUACUAAUUGGAUGGCCUGCUUCAUUUCAAUAUUUACAAUUGGAUGGUGGGAACUAUUUGAUAAACUUUUACUAAAUUAAAAAAUAGCCAAAUUAUUGGCACUGGUCAAGAUGGUAUUUCAGAAUAACACAGGCACUAAAAUGCAAACAUUUUUUUGUAGUUCUUAAAAAUGCACUAGAUAUUGAAACUUUGUGUUCCUUUCAUUUACCAUUUACAUUUGCACAGACCCAUAUACUAUCAAUGUAUUUUUAAAGCUUUUUAAUGAUUUAAUUGCUAUCACUUUGCCAGGGUUCAUGAGGUGAAUUUUGUGACAUUAACUGUGGCAGUGGAGUUAAAUGUGGUACAAGUGAAUAAUGCAUGUGGAGAUUAUGUUAGUCAUUUAAAUGUAUUUACCAAAUAAUGUGUGCUUUUUCUAAAAACAAAGUUAUUUCUGAAAUAUUUUUUAAUUGUAAACUAUGCUUUUUUGUAUGUUUGUUAACAGAGGUUUACAUAAUUCAGCUGUACAUUUCUUAUAGAACAUACUACAUCCCUUUGAACUAUUGACUAUUUAUCCAGGCUUCAAAAAAUAAUUAAUAAUUACCUUCUCUUAGUGUUUAAGAUCAAAUCAUCCACGUUAUUCAAUUAAAGGCAGAACAAAACACUCUUAGAGUGGUAAGUUCCUCUGAACAACAAUGGGCAUCCAAAUUGAGUGGUGGGUGAAAGGUGAGAAAAUGGAAAGUGCAGGGUUUUUUUUUGUAAAAUAAAACACAUAAUUUCAAUUAUUUUUUUAUCCAAUCAGUUGAGUAUAAGAAAUGCUGCUACAAAAUGCUAUAUUGGGAAUAUCAACAGGUUUUAAUUACUUUUCUCACUUAAUUUUGUUUGCUCCGCUACUGAUUUUAUUGAUUUUUAUAUUUCUUUUAAUGUUGAUUUCAGCCCCCACCCCACCUUCCCCGCCAACUUCCAACUAUCCCAGCCAAUUCAUUCACCAAUUUGUAGUCGGGAAUUGGACCUUUUGCUUGCUGUAAGCUUGACCAGGGGCUGGUGAGUUGUGAAGAUAUCACCUUUUGGAUUGAUCCUGUAGGAAAUCCUGAUGGACAAGCUUGGGCGUUUUUUACGAAAAGAAAGCUUUUUGAAAUAUCCUUUCAAUUCUGUUUAAAAUGAAACAUUCCCUGAUUUAGUUGCCUCAUUUUUAAAAUUGAUAAUUUGAUGACCUCAGCUUAAUGCAUAACAUAAUUGCUUGAGUUCAAUUUAUAAUAAUUCAGAAUUAUGAUUCCCAAUGAAUUUACAGCUGAUUGAAUUAACAUUAUCAAGGAGAUAGAUGGCUGAAGAAAGGGUUCACUUAGCCAACACCUGUUGGUCUUUCUGUUAUACCCUUUUAUCUGUAGGAAUAUAUUCCAUUCAUUUAAGGAUUUCAAAUGAUGCUUUUUAUCAUCUCAUAAUGGUCUAUUAUGCAAGUAAUAUCACUGUAUUUCUUUGUGUUUUGCUCUUCAGGGUCAUAUUGUUCAAAGCAAGUUUAAGAAGCAUAGGAAAUGUGUAAUUAAGUGCCAGUAAACAUUCUCAUCCAUUAUCUUGGAUUAACUCAUUUGUUUUAAGCCUUGUACUUUGGACUACAGGUUUUAUUGGAACCAAGUAUACAAUGCAACCUCUAAAUUAUAGAAAAUUAUUUACAAAUUCCACCAAACAACUACUGAAAUUUUACUUCUAUACUGGAUGUGGUGUAUUUUACAUGAAUGGGGAUUUUGUAACCCAACUCACUUUUUACUUUGAAGAUGAUUAAAUAUAGUAGGAUUUUUGUGGCUCUACAUCUGCUCGCACGCUUAUCUGAAAAAAAUAGAUUUUCUUCCACUUAGCAUCCUUGAGUCCGAUACGUUUUUGUCCCCAGAUCAAAGGUUUGUAUAAAAACAAUUGAACUUCUCCAUAAAAACUUUCCUGCAGUGAGCAAAACAUCCAUUCUAAGGCUGUUUUCCUUCUGCUACUGUUACAGAAAACUUUAAAAUAUUUGAACAGUUGCGGUCAUAACAUGUUCAUCAGUGGCUGCUGCUGUGCCAGAAAUUCUGCAUUUGGCAUUCUUGUAUUCAGUUGAUGAAAUGGUAGAAAAGCUUUACCAAGUGUGAACUUCGCCACUCAGAAAAUCAGCACCCUUAAAAUGUCUUGUGAGGCAUUCCUUCAGUGUCAUUAAUAUUACAGACAGCUUUGCAGUGAACAAAAUGGAAUUAUUUAGUAUUCUUUCAAGAUGCAGAGUUGCUAAGAAAUUAAAAUUAUGAAAUAUGUUUGUUUUGUUAAAAAAGGAUAAUGUAUGUAUAUUUGACUUGUUAAAAAUGCUGUGUUUGGAAAGCUGAAAAGUACUUAAUGCAAUUAUAUGUAAAAUGUAGGUUAUAUGGCAUAUUUUGACUGGCUACACAAUAUUUGGAGUUUCAUAUUUAAUACACCUUAAUUUCUUGUCUUUUGAUGAAAUUAACUCAAAAUUAUCAAUUCUCACAGACAAUCUUGAUUAAAUUAGUCCCUGUUCAAAUUAUUCAAUGCUUAUUGUACUGUUUCAUGUAUACUUAUUUUUGUUUAAACCAAUAUUGAAUACAAAUGUGACAGAUUUUACACUGAAACUGCAUACUGAGAGAGGACUGAGGUGAAAAUGGGUUGCCAUUUUCAUUAGUGCACACCUAUCGUUUGUAAUGAAGCAUGGCAUCAAAUAGAGAAUGGUACAUGGACCAGACCCAAAGCUUAAUUUCUGCUCAACUUGUUGCAAAUGGUAGCCUUCUGCAGUGUACCAGAGAACUGUGAAACAAGGUUGCUAACUUAAAUUGCUUUAAUUCAGAUGCUGAGUUCAGAGUGCAGCCUUGGUGGGAUCUGUGGGUUUGAGAGCAAGUUGUGAGUGACAUCCUCUCCCCACUGCAAUCCCAAUAAAAUGAGGAAUUCAUUGUCAUGUGAAAUGAACAUAACUUUCUUUCUUAACGUUGACCUAUCAAGACUGGACAUUAAAUUUGAGCACAGGACGAUAUACUCACCAUUCUUUGUGAGAUCAGCUAUUGCAUAAAUUUCAAACUUCUUAAAACAUUUCAAACAAAAUUUGUGUAAGUUAAUGCAAAAUUCAUCUGUCAUAAUUUCCAGUUUAUUUAGUAAAAACAAAAAUCACUUGUCUGAAAACUUGGAUAAAUUAUGACUUUUCACAGGAGCAUUUGGAAAAUGUGUUCCCUCAGUUUAAGAUAAAGUAUAAUUUUAACUCCAGCUGAAUUGGGCCAACAAGUGGUAAUAUUGCCCCCUUUUGUUAGUGAGCGUGCACACAGACACUUUAGUAAUAUGGGAAAUGAUGCUGGAAUUAGUAUGAAAGUAUCAGAAAAGCAGCAAAUGCACAUUUAUUUACUGUGGUAAUUUAUAAUCAAUCAUACAUAAUGUGUCUCAGUCUGACUAAUCUAUCUUCUAAUAUAAUAUCUUUGUUUUGAUUGUGAGUUAUAUGCAUAACUUGUUUUGCUACAUCUGGAAUGCAGGGGUAAUUGCUGAUAUGUAUGGGUGCUAUUUUACAGAGGAAUCAAAAGUACUAACUGAAAGAUUGCUUAAUUUUGUAAUUUAAUAUGAUGAAAAGAUAUUUAGAUAAUUUACAUAGCUGUAUAUUUGGCAGAAAUGGAAUUACUAAUAAACUUUCUGUAAACAA